UCCUCUUUGUUCCAGAUCACCGUAUCAGUCUUCCCAUGAGUGUGGUGGACACAGGCAUAGCCUGGUUACGGUACCUACCUCCACUACCUCUCUCUCUUCCCCUAACCAUGCGAGAAAAGGACUCCUCGCCCCGCAAAAUGCUCGUGGCCACAGGUGGCCACAGUUCGCCGAAGCAAGCUGCCGUCUACCCGCUGUCUGUGCGAGUGCCUCCAGGGGACGAGAUGCCAUUCGAUCUCUCCAGGAACACGACUCGAUCACCUGGACCUCACAUGUCUCCUGCAGGCCGACCCCCACAAGGACCUCAAGACAGCGAGGAGCAACCUCUGGACCUCCGCGUAGAACACAAAAAACUGUCCCUCAUGAUUAUGCGGAGACAGGUGGAAGAUGAAAAUCGGAACCUUAUCUCUCCUGCAGCUAGUGUUAGUAGUGACAAAGACGAUGUAGUAGUGGAAGAUCGAAGCAGCCCUGCUUCCUCGAACAAUAACAACAACAACAAUAAUACUACCACGACGAACAACAAUUUACCAAAAACGUUUAGCCCACAGCUACCUGGAUACCCUGGAAUGUUAUUUCCUCCUCAACCCCUGCAUCCAAUGAUGUUGGAGGCUAUGUAUCGUGCUCAAAAAGGGGAGAACUUACCAAGACUACCUAUACCUUACCCUAACUCACCACCUGGGUAUCCCCAGCGAUAUCCUUUUCUUAGUCCUUCCAUGCUCAGUCCUCCUGUGAACCAAGUACCGUUCGACAUUCUUCGGAACCCUUCAACUCCUCAAACUCCAAAAGUGUUUGACCCAGCCGGUGGCAAGAUUAAAGACAGAUACGCUUGUAAGUUCUGUGGCAAGGUCUUUCCAAGAUCUGCUAACCUCACUAGGCACCUCAGAACGCACACUGGAGAACAACCUUACAAAUGUAGAUACUGUGAGAGAUCCUUUAGUAUAUCGAGUAACUUACAGCGUCAUGUUAGGAACAUUCAUAACAAGGAAAAACCAUUCAAAUGUCCUCUCUGUGAGAGGUGUUUCGGACAACAAACUAACUUAGAUCGACAUCUUAAGAAACACGAAGCAGAUGGACCUACGAUUUUGGAUGAGCGGAAUCUACAACGGAGGAAUGUCAACAAUCGAAACCUCAGUGAGGAAUCUUAUUUCGAAGAAAUAAGAUCCUUCAUGGGCAAAGUUACGGAUGGAAGGUUGCUUCAACAUCUCCAACCUCCAAAGCAAAUUCCUAACUUUCCCAUACCUCUACCCAAGCUCUUUGACCCGAGCAAGUCUGCCCAAGAGAAGCCACUAUCGCCUGAAGAUAGUAAAAGGGACUCCUCAUACUUCUCAGAUAAAGAUAACUAUUCUUCAAGAUCUUCAACUACGUCAGAAACAUCGAAUAAAGAAGAAGAAGGUGAUAAAGCACAAGAGGAAACGAAUGAAGGAAGUAUUAAACAAGAAAGCGAAGAAGUAGAGGAGAACAAUACUUGACUUCAGGUAAAAUUUAUUGUGAUAGGUUGUGAUUGUGAACUAGCUCGUAAGAUUCACUUCAAAGUCACAGAAGAGAUGGUGGAAGCAUCAAACAUUCGGGAAUGAUAAAUGAUAUGUGAAAAUGACUAGAAGCAUCUCCUGUCAUAUUUUUGUUUCUUCAAUCGUAGGGUUGAAAAUUCUGAGGUACAAUAUAGAGUUACACCAUUUAUCGCGAUGCUUUAACACAUUCUGUAUGUUGAAUUACCUCCUUUUGUCCAUUUCAGCAAUUGGUACUAGUGAGUCUGAUGACUAAGACAGUGAUUGUUUUUUUUUAUACUCCAACUACCACGAGGGCCUAAGGCCUAAACACCCAUUGGGUAUCGUGGGGCUAUAGGGGGAUACAGGGGAAAGGGGGAACGCCAGACGGACUCUGGCGAGGGAACACGUGUGCAUGCAACAUGCACACAUUCUGGCUCCGCCUACGAGAUCCGCCGGGUGGUACCUCCGCGUUCGACAGUCAGAGACCGUCUACCACCUACGGACAAUCACAGCAUCCAUAGCCAAGAAAAAAUUCUUCUGGGCCGAGACUCGAACCCGCACAGCGCACGGCGACUGAUCAGGAGACCGAAGAGUCUACUACUGCGGCCACCGCUGCUGCCUGCUAAACUUGCUUCUAAUUUUCUAAGUUGAAAUAUAGACAUGACCAUUAGCUGCUAUUGCUGUUGCUUUAUUCUGAAAUUUUCUAAUCACUGUAUGCAAGACAACUCAAACAAAAUGCUGGCUUCACUAGGAGGUAUAGUAAUAUCACCUUGUCAGUAGACGAUAUGGGGUACUUUAAAUGUCACAAUGUAAUUAGCUGUGCUUUGCUGACAUGUUUUGAGGUGCUUAACUAUUGUGAAAAUCAGAGUACUAUUUCUUGACACAUGUUAUUCUUGAUGCUUCUACACAGAUCUUCACUCAAUCAUCGACUAGUAAAGGAAAUGAAAUGGCAGACCAUUCAAUAUUGGUAACAGUUACAUUGCGUAUGCACUAAUAGGUACUUUACCUGAUUGCUGUAAUGGUUACCUUAAUAUUCUGAAAACGGAUGUUAUGCAAACUAGUACUGCCUUUUAGCUAAAAGACUUGGGAAUCCUUUAAGAGCCUUUGAGAGAUUGAUUAGUGUUAAUUGUUUGUAACCAGAUGCUCGAGAUUUUUUUUAAUUAUCGCAUCGUGAUGAAAGGAUAACUUGUUCUAGGCAAUGCAAAAAUUAGUUAAUGACACACUUACAGGCGAUUCUGGUUUUCUAGACCAAAAGGCAAGCUUUUCAUCGAUGUAUUAUUGAUUAACAUUCUAUUUUUUUUACAAUAUCAAAGUAAUGGUGACUCUAAAAAGAUUAGAAGUGUAAACAUAAGUUAAACAUGUCUUUAUGUGACAAUCUUGAGAUGAAUCCAUGCCAUAAUUGAAGAAAAUUUCAAACACUGGAUUGAAAUAUUCCAAUCUCUAUUUUGAAUGUGAUGGUACUGAGAGUGAGCAAAUCAUUUUAGUUGUCACAUAAUGUGUUCAUAAUAUACUGU